UCCCCUCUGUGGAGUAUAGAAGCGAUUAAGCAAAAGAAACUGGUCGAGUUCGGUCAGUCCGGGUCUUUCGUUAACAUCUUCGAGGUUAGAAUUCUCUGAUCUGCCUUCAUUUUGUCAAUAAUCGUUUUAUUAUAUGGACGUGCCAAGUUUGUGUGGAGUUAUAGAUCAGUGUGGCUUGAUCAUUCGGGCAUCAUCAUUGAAUUCUUUGUUCAUCUUUCAAAGAUAAAACCAGACUGAACUUCGAUCUUCUCCUUGGCGUUGGUUGACAUGACUCCUUCAACAGGCACCUCUCCAGCUACACUUGAUUUAUUUGUUACUGAAAAGGAGGUUUGUCGGGUAUUAAGAAGGAUAUCGAAUGGAGAUCCUCUUCCAGAAAAUGUUCUUGUUGGUAUAGAUCCUCACCAAUUUAAACCCGAAAAUUUACCAGAUGGUGUUUGGUUUUACGGAAAGUGUGAUGGAAAUUCCGACUCAAGUUGGAGGCGGCAGGGUGGAGAUAUUAAACUGUAUUCAGACUCUUUCUUCACUGGAUGGAGAGCCACUUUUGAAUACUAUGAAGGUCAAGCACCUCAUGAGCAUAAAACAGCCUGGGUUAUGUACGUGUACUGGACGACUGAUUCAGGCACGAGCGGAAACAGCAAGCAAAGGGAAACUAGCUCACUCUGCAAACUCUUUAUUGGAGAUGAACAGUUUCAAAGCCCUGAAAAGAUUCAGAAAAUCGAACUUUCUACCAUUCCCAAUUCAGAAUCUAUCAACCAAAAUCACCAGUUGGUUGUUCCAGAUGGUUCAAAUAACAUGGAAAAUGGAUCCACAAACCAGCCUGAGAUGCGUGAAGUGAUCCGUUCUGAUAUGGAUUAUAUUUCGAGAGGCGACUUCUUAGAAAUUCUGGAUUUAGAUACCCCAGCAUCUUCAUCAUCAAGUUCUGAAAAUUCUAGUCGCGUGUCCUUUACUUCAGAUGAUUGUUUUGAUCCAAUGGCGCUACUAAGAGACAUAGACCAUGACAAUAACUUCAACUCGGUAGAAAGAGAUGCUGCCUGCAUCAGAUCCUCUGCACCCAUCAGACUAAGGACGGAGGUGGUGCAUCAAGGAGGUUCAGAAUCUCUUUUCGAUACCAAUGGAAGCCACUUACCAGGCAAAGAGAGUCCAAAACCCGAGUCGGUAGUGCCCAGUUCAGGGUGCAAAGAACCAGAGCUGUUGAAAGGGGAGGCAUCAUCAAGCUGUCAGAACAAGGAGGUGGCAAAAGGUAAAGAAGCAGCAGCCAUGGAUGGAGGGAAGAAGAAGAAGAAGAAGAAGAAGAGCAUUAGCAGAAUGAAGAAGAUUCAGAAAAAGUACUUCUGCUUCUUCUUCUCAUUUUAGAUGUUCUUCAUCAUCUUACACUUUGCUGCAUUAUCUAUAUCUCCACGUAUAGCAGAAAUGAGUUAGAUUAAGUUAAUAGUGUGAUUUUUAACAUAAAUUCAUCCUGUUUAGUUAAGUUUAGAGUAAGUUACAUUUAGAUUAAACCCUUUGAAAACUACUCCAUUUAUACCUUACCUAAGUUAGUGUAAUUGUAGAGUGCUGCUCAUUUUUGUUUUUCCACCA